GCGGUUUGUUUUCCUUUCGUCUUUAUCUGUAAGCUUGCUCUAGCAAAAGCCCCGCGUGAGCCCCCCGCGUGUCCCCUGCUCGUCUGGCUACCGUCUACUUCUUCCACAACCAGUCCCAUUAAGUACAGCAUGGUCAUGGCUGACACUGUGCAAAAAACGCAGAUCCGGGGUCCCGUCCGAGUGGGCUUCUACGACAUCGAGCGCACUUUAGGAAAGGGCAAUUUCGCUGUCGUGAAGCUGGCUCGACACCGAAUAACCAAGACCGAGGUGGCCAUUAAGAUCAUCGACAAGACCCAACUGGAUGCUGUCAAUCUGGAGAAGAUCUACAGAGAAGUUCAGAUCAUGAAGAUGCUGGAUCACCCCCACAUCAUCAAGCUGUACCAGGUGAUGGAGACGAAGAACAUGCUUUACUUAGUCACGGAGUAUGCCAAGAAUGGGGAAAUCUUCGACUACCUGGCAAAGCACGGCCGUCUCAGUGAGCUCGAAGCCAGGAGGAAGUUCUGGCAGAUCCUGUCUGCGGUGGAGUAUUGUCACAACCGCAACAUCGUCCACAGGGACCUGAAGGCGGAGAAUCUGCUGCUGGAUGGCCACAUGAAUAUCAAGAUUGCAGAUUUUGGAUUCGGCAACUUCUUCCAGCCUGGGGAGCCUCUGGCCACAUGGUGCGGCAGCCCACCGUACGCUGCUCCAGAGGUCUUUGAGGGCCAACAGUAUGAGGGUCCACAGCUAGAUAUCUGGAGUAUGGGAGUGGUGCUAUAUGUGCUGGUGUGUGGUGCGUUGCCCUUCGAUGGGCCCACACUGCCUGUACUUCGACAAAGAGUCCUAGAAGGAAGGUUUCGCAUCCCCUACUUCAUGACUGAAGAGUGUGAGCACCUGAUCCGCAGGAUGUUGGUACUGGACCCAUCAAAGCGUCUGUCUGUGGCCCAGAUCAAGGAGCACAAGUGGAUGGCCCUGUACGCUCCCGUACAGAGGCCUGUCCUGUACCAACAGCCUCUGUCUGCUGAGGGCGAGGCGGGUGUGGGAGAGUACAGCGAACAGGUCCUUCGCCUGAUGCACAGCCUCGGCAUCGACCAGCACAAGACGAUAGAGUCUCUUCAGAACAAAAGCUACAACCACUUUGCUGCUAUCUACUACCUGCUGGUGGAGCGGCUCAAGGCCCAUCGCUGCAGCUUCCCCGUUGAACAGCGACUUGACGCUCGCCAGCGCCGGCCCAGCACCAUCGCCGAACAGACUGUCGUCAAGCCGAACAGUGGUUCAGCCCAGGUGGGUUUGCUUCCGCAGGGUGUUCGUCUGUUGCGCUCCCCUGCUGUGCCCCAAACCUCCUCCGAUGCCUUCACCUUCCCCCAGACUGCAUGUCUCCUGGAGCAGAAUUUCCUGGUGGAGGAUGUCAACACACCCAAAGUGAACGGCUGUCUGCUGGACCCCUUGCCCCCCCACACUGUCCUCCGCAAGUCCUCCACCUCGUCGCCCAGCAACAUGAUGGAGACGUCGAUUGAUGAGGGCAUCGAGACCGAGGAGCCCGACACGGAGGAUGAGCCGCCCCACCUGCUCUCAGCCUAUCAAACUGCACGGUUUGGCCAGCGGCGACACACCCUCUCUGAGGUGACCAAUCAGCCGGGGCCUUCGAACCAAGGUAUAUUAUUUGCUAUAGGCCACAACCCCUCCAUGGGCAGCAUGGACUCGGACAUGGGCUACGACAUGGGCUCCAUGCAAAGUGACCUCGGCCUGUUGGACGAUUCCCCAUCCCUCAGUGAAGUGGUACCGGCCAACAGCUCCGCCCCCGGCAUUACCCUGACGCCUUUCUUGAGCGCUCGGCCCGCCAACCCAGCAAUGGCUGUCCUGACUUCUCAGCACAGGGAGGCGCACAAUCGCUCCCCAAUCAGCUUCAGAGAAGGACGCCGUGCCUCCGACACCUCUCUCACCCAAGGUCUGGUUGCGUUUAGGCAGCACCUCCAGAACUUGGCGAGGACCAAAGGCAUCCUGGAGCUGAACAAAGUGCAGAUGCUGGUGGAGCAGAUGGGGUCCGGGGAAGGGGCCUCCAUGGGCCCCCUGGGACCACAGCACCACUUGCACAACCUCCUGGAGGGUGAGGCGUCCAAGCAGCAGGAGGGCCUAGCUUUAUACCAAGGUGGGCCGCAGCCGCCUCUCCUGUCCCGCAGACAGAGUUUAGAGACACAGUACCUCACUCAUAGACUACAGGCCAACGUCUUAGCAAACAGUCCUGCUAGCUGCCAGCUUUUCUGUCAGGACACUCGAAGUUUAGAGCAACAGCUGCAGGAGCACAGUGGGAUCUACUGCGCUCCCCACAGACUGCACCAGAAGAGGAUGUACCUGCAGCAGUCGCAAGGCAUGGGGCUGCCGGUGUACUUCAACCAGAUGCAAAUAGCUGAAGGAUCCUACCCGACAGGAGGCCCUGCUCUGGACCCGGCGGCGUCUCAAAGUUCCCCUCAGGGCCCCCCCAUGUCAGCUGCCCACCAGCCUCAGCCCCAGCAGCAGGGCAGUCCUCAGGCCUCGCCUCACUUCAGCCACCCCCAUAGCAUGAGCCCCUUGAUGGAACCGGGCGAGGGCCUGGUUUAUGAUCCCUACAUGAGCCACCACCACUACACCCAACACCUGCCUCCUGGAUCUCACCUCCACCACCAGCUCCACCAUCCCCUGCCUCACGAAGCCUCUGCCAGCAGCCUGGGCUUCAGCUACCUUGCAGGCUGUGAGCAGCAGGCCUUGGGGCCUUCCAAUGAGGGUCUCCACCAAGAUCAUUACGAGUUCCCACUGGACCCCGCCCUGUUGCCCCCGCCUGCUCCAGGAGUGGCCGGAGCUGUGGCUGGGAUUUUGGCUGGUCCGGGCCGGUCAGACGGCCUGGGCCUGCCUGACCUGCAGGGCUCUCUCCUGGACAGCGAGAUGAUGGAGACCGUGGACUCCCAGCAUGGCUUCGUACUGGUCAACUAAAGCCAGCUGAAGGGGUAGAAAGCAGUAUUAAGCAAUGAGAACCUUCGCAGCAACAAGAGUAGAGUGAAUGGAGAUAUAAGUGGAGGCCACAUGCGUAGCAACAGGGAAGGAAAAGUGUUCAUUUCUGUACGACUCAUACAAACUUCAUUUCUUAGUUGUGAUAAAUCUCAGACAACCAUUCUACCGCAAUCCGCAAUCGCCCUCUUCCUUUCCUCCAUUUCCUCCUCUGUUCUUGUUCUCACCAGCUCUGUGAGGCAGGAGCAGGUCCCAUGUGUGGCACGAUGUGAGCUUCGCCGUACUAACUUGGCGAGGCUGCUGUCGUCAUGCACGUUGUCACACCUGUGAAGAUUGGGGAGGUGCUGUCAGAGUGCAGCAUUUCACCAAGAAAGGGGUUCGGAAGUGAACUAAUUUAGGACCGACUGUCAGGCAACCAUAAGGACAAUGGCUGGCAGUGGUUUUUUUGUAUUUAAAAUAGGACACCAUCUACAUCAACAGACUGGUUCUCAAAACACUUGAGAUUUGUUCUCUGUGGAUUUAUUUUUUUUUAAUCAUUUCAGUAGAUAAAAAAAACCAACUGAACAACAGAAAAAUGGCCCUCAUUUAUCAUGGUACCAAUGAUAUCACCUCAAAUUCAAGUGUUUAAUGUGAUGGCGAUAUUUAUGAGCUUUUAACACUAACAUAUACGACAGGUAACCUUUGUUUGUCAUCUGCCUUAACAAAUACCCUAACCAUGAAGCACCAGAUUGGGGAGUCAAGCACCGUUUGUUGAGCAGCGCUAAACUCGACCCAAGCUGGUUUUUCUUUUUAGUUAAUUGAUGAAUGAAAAUAAUAUAUAAAACACAACUCUGUAGCUGCAGGCUUUUGUGUGGGCCACGUGACAUAAAUAAUAGUAACUACUGAUCCUGAUUUAUUUCUUACACUACUGAGCUGCUUUCCCAGGUGGCCACACGUCUCUUUCACAGUUGAAUUGUGGGUCAUGCGUUUGCCUGAUAAAUGAGGGCUGAUGUAGUUUAACCUGUGUUUGGAAGUUGUGGUGUUUUUAGACAGUCAAUAUUAUUCUAUUUCUGUGGCAAUACUGAAGCAAUAUUAAUCCUUAAUGUUGAGGGGUUGUGGAUGGAAGCCCCACCUGUACAGCCAACUCUGAUUGGUUCCCGGGGACCUGAGUCGUCGGCAGUGUGACAUCACUUGAGCUGAUGAUGUAACCAGGACUUGAUCUUCCCCUCACUCGGCCUGGAAGUGCAGGGACAAAGCCUGGAGACGGAGAGUGAGUGUGAUUAUGUCUGUUUGCACAAUUCAUAGUGCAACUUUUUCUGCAUUCAUGACAUUUGUCGAAGAAAAGACAAACACUGUAUUGACGUCUCCUUUCAAAAAUAACAAACUGUGCUUUCCCCCUCAGUGCACAGUCGUAGCUUUUAGAAUAAUUCUGGUUUACAUCCUCAGUGCUCCAGUCAUGACUCUGUGUUGUGUUAUUAAUCAUGUUAAUGACGGUGGAACGGCCCCUUAACGAUUCCUGCGUUAGUCUCCAUGAAAGAAUGUUUCUCUCUCUGACAUCGCGGCGUCCGUGAGAUGAAGACCAACAGAACAUCAGUUACCUGACACUGGAUUUUGACUACAUGCACACCACCGCUUUUUGACUGACCGGUGAAUCCGCAACAGCACUUUGACUGUGUUCAAUCUACUUGAAGCGCACAGAUGUAUCUCCUCUGACAGACGAACAACGGAACAACGGGACAGCGAACGUCGGGAUGUUACGACGAGAUUAUUGGACUGUGACCAUCUGCCAAACUGCCUGACCUCUCUGAUCUUGGGUUAAACUCUUCGAGCGUUUGUCAGAUUAGCCUUCAAAACAAGACGGUCUGUAGACUGGACUGAGCAGACUUUGUAGAGUUCACAAUCAGACUCUACAGUACAGAUGUGGUUUGACUAGAAGACUUUAGAGCGAACGGUCUUAAAUGACGGCUGGAAAAUGUGGACCAACUGUUGUUAAGUCCUGUGCGAGACUUAAAGGAAAAAUCCACCCUGAAGUUGACCAACAGUCCGAAAUCAUUGUUAGGCUUAUUUAGAAACAUUUUAAAAAGACGUAAAAUAUAUGCUGAUUAUGAAAUUCAUUGCUGAAGAUUUUAAGUCUGCCUAUGUUUACAACAGAGUAACACUGUUGGCAAUGCACAGUUUUUAAUCUAAUUAUUAUUUUUAGUAGAAUAUUUCUCGCAUAUAACUCGUCUAUCAAUAAAACACCAAGUUUUGAUGUCGGGAUCCGCACCUUUUGAGCUCCGACGUUGAACAGUCAAGAGGACAGAGGUACCAACAAUGGCCUCGAUAGACCAGAGUGCAGCGCAGCCACAAGACAUGUUGCUGAUCAGGUCCUGUGGUUGUGUUAAUUGUUCCGCCCAUAGAUUUAUGAAUGAUUGAUGUGCUUAUAUGGUCAUGCACCCACCGUUUAUUGACAGGAAUGAGCUCAGACCUAGUUUCUGGGUCAUGUUGAACAUGUCCCUUUAGAAAGAGAAGGAGCUCGAGUGUGAGGAAGAACAUUAGUCAGCACAUGAUGGUGUAGGAGCAUCACGGGGUGGAUUUUGCCUUUAAGUGAAUAUUUUGAUGAUGAUUUGCUUUCAUUUAGUCAAUGGUCAGGCUAGAGCAGCUACAGGAUGAUCUGUGGAGGUUGAUUACUGGAGCACUUUGACAACAAGGGGAAGAAGAGAUGUAGCGAGAGAGGAGGAGGCGGGAAAAAAAAGGGGGGUUGUAUCUCGCUGCUGUUUCCUGGCAGAUGAAACAAACUGGAAUCUGUAGGAAGCACCUUUCUCCUCUCGCUUCCCCACCAAUAAUGGACACAAAACAAAUUUCUUUCAAAGAAAGACCAGACACAGUAAUACUUCUAUCUGAUUGUUGCUGAUUUUAAUCCAAGAAAGAGAAACGCUUGUCAGUUUACGACGGGCGUUCUUUGUACAAAUUAGUGGUGUAGUGACUCUUCGGUGCACCCAAAGGUGAAUUUUGUGUGGAACGUGAAAAAGUGUUCAGUGUGCCUUUUACUUUUCCGUAUUUUCAAUCUAAAUUAAGAUUUUAAAUAGCACUAUUAUUUCUGGUUGAACCCUUUUUUAUCAUUUUAUUUUCUUAUUUCUUUUUUUCAGAAAAUAAGUAGAGCCGGGUUUUACAAAAAGGUACAAAACCAAAGUCCCUCAGAAGUCUCCCUGUACGACCCACCGUGUGGAGUUUUGGAGCUUCUUCGGCCGCUUCUCUACAGUGCUUUGUUCUUGUUGGUCAAUCAGUGUAUGCCAUUAUAAAGUAUUAUAGCAAUAUUUCUCUAGUUGAAGACUCAAGUCAUGAAGAUUCUAGUGGAUGGGUUUCCAAGUAUCAUAAUUUCACCUCCUGCUGAUAAAACAAAAGCAUCAAUCUAUCGAUAGAAACCCACUUUUAUAUUUACCUUCAUUGAUGUUGACCACACAUAAGCUAACUUGCUGUUGAGAUUAAAAAAGGUUUAUUGAACAUA